UGAAGCGGCGAUACAACGCGAAUUCUUCUUCAGUGCUGUUCACCACAGCUCAUGAAAGGCACUACUGUGAAAUAAGUCAAAAUAAGCGCAAAUUAACUUGCCACGUCACGUGACCUACCGGCGCCAUAUUGGUGGUAUUCAGUUGGUCGCGUACGCAGGAGCCUUCAUCUGAGCUGAACCAACGACCUGUACUUUGAGCUUGGAAUAUCACGUAAAUAGCAUGAAUGGUGACAAACAUGGUGUUCACUAGGAGAAAACCUAAGGGCAAGCCUGAAAGUGCAUCUGGUUCAGAAGAUAGCAAUCAACCGAGUCCCAUGGCACCUGUGGAUGGAAAAGAUGAGUCCUCUGCAGGGAAGAAUGGCAGAGUAGACGACAGCCCACCGCACACAAACGAGAACGAUAACCCAGGGUCCGAAAGGAAUGGAGUUACCGACGAAAACUCUUCAAAAUCGGAGGCAUCCUCAGUUAAAAGUGAAAAUAUGGUAACAGAAACUCUAAAAGAGGAACCUAGAGCAGAUGAAGUGAAAGGAGUCAAAGAGGAGACCAAUGAGGAAGACACCAUAGAAAAUCAAGAAAAUGGUGUCACCCCUGGACUUCCAGAUUUCAUGAAGGGUCACGUUAAAAUUGGAAAGUAUGUGCCAGUUUCAAUGCCCAAGACAGGAGAUUUCCGAAUGGAAGAAUCUGAAGCUCUUCUUGAGGCACCAUCCUUAGUCACGCCCUUAUUGGUGAAGAAGCCUGAUAAGUUUCCAGAGAGGGAAGACACAAAAGAGAAAAAGGAGAAGAAGCAACCACCACCUCUUGGCAAAGGAGGUAAUUCUGUGGCAGACUUCUUUAGCAGUUCAGCUGGUGAAUUUUUAAUUGGGCUUGGCCUUAGUCGAGCACUGGAAGUCCUCAACAAAGACUUGGUACGGUUAAAGGAGAGAGAAAUGAAGAAAACAGCUCGAACACCUGAAAUGGUAGAGGAACACAAGAGGUUGACUGAAGCAUACCAGCAGGCAAGAACAGCAAACACACCAUUCACAUUCAAAGUUAAACCAUGCAGGGUCUGCGAUUUUAAGACUGAAUCGAGUUUAGUUCUGGAGGGCCACCUCCUCACACCACACUUUACAUCGAGGCGAGAGCUGCAGUGUAGCUUUUGCAGCUUUGUCACACGUGAUGCUAAGGCUAUUGUUUUUCACAUGGAAGCCAUUCACAAUAAACUACCCUCAAUGGAGCCACCUCCCCAGUUUUACGAAUGCCCAUUCUGCCCCUAUGAAACCAACUUGAAGACAAAAGCAAGUGCUCACAUCAAUCGUUGCCAGAAAUACUUCAACAAUACCAUGAACCAACUGCCUUCUGGUGACUUCCAACCACCAGGUGUCACAGCAAAACCUAUUACAGUGGAUGACGUAAAGACUUAUGAAAAGUUCUUCCUGGCUCUGGGAACAGGGUCUGGCAACACCACCAAGAACUCACAAGUGCGUAGCUAUACUACCCUAAACCGCAAUGGUGCACCUGCGGUGGGUAGUGGCAGAGGAGUGGGUACUCCCCUUUAUCAGCAACUUGCAUCUGCAGCAUCUUUGACACAGAAUAGAGGCCGUGGUAGGCCGCGAUUGGCAUUGAUUCAACCAGCCCCGGUUUCGAACCAGGUGUUUCAAGUCCUGAGCAGCUCGUCUGAAAUGAUUCCACUGUUGAAUGGCAGCCCACAACUUACAGUGACCUUAGCACGGGCAACUACUCCACAGACAGUGGCAACUGGCAGGGGUGGAAUACCACCUCCCCGUUUAACGCCACCAAAUCAGAGGCCUAGGACGCCUGUCAUACUAGAAUCUAGUGGAUCUGGAGCAGCAUUUGUUAUUUGUGAGAUUUGUGAUGGCUACAUCAAAGAUCUGGAACAACUGCGCACACACAUGCAAUGGAUCCACAAAGUAAAGAUCCACCCGAAGAUGCUAGCGAGCCGACCUCCAUUGAACUGCCAGAAGUGCCAGUGGCGCUUCUUCACUGACCAGGGUCUGGAACGUCAUCUUUUGGGGGCGCACGGGCUUGUCACCUCCAACAUGCAAGACUUGGCAAACUCUGGACAAGAUGGAGGUCGUUGUACAGUUUGUGGCCGCAUUUAUGCCUCCAAGUUGGUUGCCCACAUGAGCCAAGUACACCGUGUGGUGCUCAAACCAGCACACCUUUCGUACAAAUGCACAGUUUGUACUGCCACCUUCAAUCUCUACAAAUUGUUCGAGACUCAUGUCUAUACAGUGCACAGUGGAGCAAUGAAACGGUCAUCGUCAUCUGCUGAUGAUGCCAGGUCUGCCAAGCGCCAACAUGUAGAGCCCGGGAAAUCUGUGGUAAAAUCUGCCAAGGUACCAGAACAGGCUGUAGCAAAGGAAGUUCCAUCGACCGUAAAAAUAGUGCCCAUUUCUACAAAAGAAGAGAAGAAAGAAGUUGAAGACUUGCCAUCUGAAUACUGCAACACAUGUAAAGUAGAGGUGGAUGACCUGGAGUCCCACCUCAAGGAGAAGCACAUCAGGCCAUGCCGUGUUCGUGUGUGUCACAUUGAGAAAUGCGACCGGUGUCUCUGCUCAUUUGACGGUAUGAUUGUCUUUCACACCUCAGACUCUGGAGAGGAAGAGAGUUCGGAAGAAGAGGAAGAUGAUGAAGAGAGUGAAACUGAUAAAGGCAAGGUGGGAAAUGGUCCCAUGGAGGAAAAUUCUCCCAUGGAUGUAGAUGAGAAAGGUGAUCGUACAAGGUCCAGCAAAGAUGAUAAAAUCUCAACAGAAGCUGACAGUGAUGGUGUACAGAUAGUCGAUGCAGAGUGACCCGCACAUAAAUGCGUGGCAAGUUGCAUGUGAUUUAGAAAGGAUGAUGUGGUAGCCCAUAUUUUAAACAGUUCCCUGCAGUGAAUACAUGUGUUGCUUUUGGAGACUGCCAUCAGGAGGACUGGUUGUGUUCUAGUGCCGUCAGGCAUUGGGGUCAUGGUCUAUGAACUAAUUUAUUCCAAAUAUGUAUUUGGUGUGGGCCUUUACACAGUUUGGCAUGGAACAAUGCAAGACUUGUUAGCAUAGAGGACAGCUCAUUAGUUUAAUUCAAACACUGUAAUUAUCUGUGGCUUUCUUUUUCACACACUUGAUAGAGUUCUCAUUCUCACUGUUCUUUUUAUUUGCACAUUCUGUUCUGUCACUAAACUACAGAAAGUGUAAGAACAUGUAAGGAACCAGAACAUACAAUGCUUCACAAACACACAAAGUGAAGCUGUACGUCUUUCUCUACUGGGUCUGUAAUUGGUUGCUGCUGCUACACCUGGGCUAUGCUAGUAUGCAGCUAUUCCACCACAAAAAGAAGUGAUUUUAAUUGCAGUGUGAGGACUAUCUUCAAGACGAACAUCUUUCAUGCAACUUGAUGUAUGAACAAACUCAGACAGGCGCCGGUUAUUCCUUGUAAAUAGGGAAUGGAUUAAAUCGAGCGUGUGCAAGUUCCUAAGCUGAUGUUGCAUUAGUGCAAGCAGAGUUUAGGUUUAGUCUCAGAUUGGGAAGAAUUUGUAUUUUUAAGUGUUGCCACGUGGAUAAAGCAAUGAGAUUUGUUGUAGCAUUCUGACAGCAGCAUUGACAGGUAGUUCUCUUCAUCUCAUGCUUUUAAGAGUACAGUUUUAGUUAAAAUAUGUAAUUCCAUUAAAAUCUUCGUUGUGUGCUGAUCAGCCUGUGUGGUGAGUAUGGAGAAUUGGGAUCCAGGAGACACGUACCACGAAAGAUUGACGUAAUGGUCGUCUCAGGAAUUUCUGCUUGCAUGACUUAUACCAAUCUGCUAUAUUUUCCUUUUUACAUAAGCUCAUCACCUAGAACUAAAUAUGUUUGGUAAGCACAUUUUGUUUUUGGGUCAAGUUUAUCAAUAAAUUGCCCAAAGAAAGUA